AUGCCAUUGUUAGACAAAGUUGAAAAGCUCAAGAAGUCUUCCAAAGCUAAAACGGCUGGGCAAUACGCUCAGCAAGCUCGAAAUGAGGAGAGAAUCAUGAGAUUACGAGGUGGAUGUUGUUCAACAAGAGGUGUGAAUCGAGUAAGUCAGAAUGAUCAACUCCAUAUCUCCGUGUCAGACAGCUUGACACCAUUAUGUAGGAAGUCAUCGCCAUCCGAUGGCACCCCACGAGUAGAAGGGGGUAUCGAAUCAGCAGGCAGAUCGGGUGAUAGAGGCGAAGGAGGUGGUGAAAUUGGUGGUGACGAUGGUGCUGAUCCUGCUCCCGCUCCCCAUCCUGAGCACAAUCACAGUCAUACUCAUCACUCCCAUGGCGGCACACAUGAUCAUGGACUAGGUGGAUCUCACUCCCAUACUCAACUUGCGGCAUCGACUCACGAUCACGGUACCACUUCUCAUAGUCUUCAUGAUCAUUCGUCCUCUUCUGCUUUUGGUGGAGGAGGGGCAUUCAGUUCGUCUUCGGCUGGAGGAAUGGGAGGUGGGAUGGGAGGGAUGUGA